AUGUUCCUGGCUAUCAUCAACGACUCCUACGUCGAAGUGAAAGCCGAGUUGGCCCGGAAAAAAGACGGAACCGGCGUUUUGGAUUGGGUCAUGUCGGUGAGCAAAAUGAAGUCAUUAAUCAAUACUUAUGACGUCAUUGAAGAAAGUCCGACGGAUGAUGAAACGAGGAAAAAAGCCCGACGCUCCAACCAAUGACAUCACCUACGAAGACUACAAGGUCGAGUUGAUCCGGUGAGUGGUCACUUUAGGGUUUUCGAGGGAAAAAAUGGAUUCCAGAGCCGGAUACGAUGAAAAGGACAUUAACGAAGCUUUCACCAAGUAUAAUAUCGAAUCGAGUGAGGCGGUUAGUGAUAAGGUGAGGAUCGUUUAUUCACAAAGGCCUGAAAAAAAAAUGAUUGGCUGAUUUUAUACUCCUCGUUGUUUCCCAAUUACACUUGGAAAAAGUUUAGUCUAAAAUUUUUUGAUUUUCAAAGACUCUGAAAAUUUAAAGGAGCAUCCAUUGCAAACCAAAAAAAUCCCCGACACGAAAAAUGACGUCAUAUACGCUUAUCGAUCGCUUUUUGCAGAUGAUGGAAGACCUUGGCGUUGAGAUGACUGCGAUCAUGGACAGAAACAAGAAUUACACCGAAAAUCAUAAGGACUACAUUGUGUAAGUGAAUGGUGUAGUGGUAAAGUUUAUGAGCUUGGAUAGAGGGGUCUUGGGUUCGGAUCCUCUCGAAGGAAAAUUUUUUGCCAUUAUUUUUUUGAGAUCUUUACAACAUCUAAAAAUCUUAUUGCUAGUAUAUUUAUCGCAAAAAUGAUGGCCUAUUGGCUAACAGCCUUGAGCUCGGGGAAAAAGGUCGUAGGUUCGGACCUUCUCGGUGAAAAUUUUCUUUUGCCAUUUUUUUAAGAUGUUGAUUUUGUGAGGGAACAUCAAACUUUCAAUAGUAGCUUUUAGAGUUUAUCGCAUUUAUAUUAAAAAAUGAUAGCCCAGUGGCUUAAAGAUUCGAAUUCGGUGAAGGAGGUCGUAGGUUCGAAUCCUGUCGAGGAAAAUUUUUUUGCUUUUUUUGCAAAGCUCUGAUUUUAUGAGUGAACAAUACACUCUCACUGAUAGCUUUAAAAAUUUAUCGCAUUUUAUUAUGAAAAUGAUAGCCCAGUGGCUAGAAGCCUUGAAUUCGGUGAAGGGGGUCAAAAGUUCGGAUCCUGUCGAGGAAAAUUUUUUUGCUUUUUUUUGCAAAGCUCUGAUUGUGUGAGUGAAGAAUACACUCUCACUGAUAGCUUUUUAAUUUUAUCGCGUUUCUUUUUUAAAAAAUGAUAGUCAAGUGGCUAAAAGUUUCGAGUUUGGUGAAAGGGGUCACAAGUUCGGAUCCUGUCGAAAAAAAAAACAUUUUUGCAUUUUUUGCAAUGCUCUGAUUUUGUGAGUGAACAACAAACUCUCACUGAUAGCUUUUCAAUUUUAUCGCGUUUCUUUAAAAAAAAAGAUAGUUCAGUGGUUAAAAGUUUCGAAUUUGGUGAAGGAGGUCGUAGGUUCGAAUCCUGUCGAGGAAAAUUUUUUUGCUUUUUCUGCAAAGCUCUGAUUUUGUGAGUGAACAAUAAACUCUCAAUGUUAGUUAUUGAAGUUUAUUCUAUUUUUAUUGAAAAUUGAUGUUCCAGUGGUUGGAAGCCUUAAAUCUAGUGAAGGAGGUCCUAGGUUCGGAUCCUCUUCAUGAAGUUAGUUUUUUUGACGUAAUUUUUAUGAAUUGGCUCUUUUCAUCCGUUUUGAUAGCUGCUUUGAUCGAAAUAAUUCCCUAAAAUUUAUUAUCUUUUUACGUUUCAGAAUGAACAGAAGAGUCGACCAAAUCGAAUCGUCGAUCAUUUCCGUCGUUGAUCAAAUUGACGCCGUCCUGGAGAAGCUCAACAAGUUCGAACGCGACAAAGUUCGAGUCAAGGAGCAGGAGAACCGCCUGGCAAUUGAGGUGAUAAUUUUCAAUAUUUUUUUGAAGUUUUUUUACAAAAAAAUUAGUCCAAAGACCAAAGAUAACCAAAAAAAGACCCCCAAGUUUUUUUCAUAAUUAAUUUUUUCUAAAAAAAUCGGUUGUAAGACUAAUGAUGUUACGCAACUGUUCUUGGAAAAAAAUUUCCAAUUAUAAAAAAAUAAAAUCGUGGAAAACUCUGGAACGCCAGAGGGUCCCUAUAGUAGUGGAAGCAAAAUUGCUUUUUUAAAGGACGAAUAAGUGGUCCCUUUAGGGGUGAAACUUAGAUGGCCUCAAUAGGAGUUUAGGGCCCUAUUCCUGAGCCACUAAAGCUGUAGUGGUCCCUAUAGGGAAGGUAGAGGUGUCCCUAGAGCAAAACCUUUAUGGGCCCCUAGAGGGACCACUCUGACGUUCCAAAGAACUGGAGAAAUUCGGCCGAAUAAUGCUUUUUUGAACCUAGACGGCCUCUUUUUGCCUUUUUUGUUCGAAUCGACGGUAAUUUGACUUUUAAAAAUAUUUCUGCUCAAUGAAAAUAGUAGUUCAUUAUGACCUGUGUAUCCGAGUGAAAAAAAUACAAAUACAAAAAUUUUUUCCAGAGCAUUUUCGCCAACGAGCUCCGCCAACGUCAGGUUCAACCAGCUUCGGCGGAAAAAGUGGCCAAAGAAUGA